AGGAGGACUGUAAGAAGUACUUACAAAGGAAGCAGGAGCAGGCCGACCAGCCGCUUCAAGUGCCAGCAGUGGACAGCAGCGUGCCGAAGACGUCAGAACUGAUGGGCAUCACCACCAGGGACGAUCCGUACGGGAACGGAACAGAGAUGUUUGAUGCCUUCAUCUGCUACUGUCAGAAAGACCUUCAGUUUGUCCAGGAGAUGAUCAGGGAGCUGGAACAAACAGAGUUCAAACUGAAGCUCUGUGUAUUUGAUCGGGAUGUCUUGCCAGGAACAUGUGUGUGGUCCAUCAGUGGAGAACUUAUAGAAAGGAGGUGUCGGAGGAUGGUGGUCGUCAUUUCAGAUGACUACCUGGAAAGUGAUGAAUGUGAUUUUCAGACCAAGUUUGCUCUUAGUCUUUCCCCAGGUGCUCGUCUCAAGCGACUGAUUCCAGUCAAGUGCAAAACCAUGAAGAACGAGUUUCCAAGUAUCUUGCGGUUCAUUACAAUUUGUGAUUACACCAAUCCUUGCACCAAAAAAUGGUUCUGGACGAGACUGGCAAAAUCUCUCAUGCUGCCGUGAUGCAAAGUUGUAAGAGCUAGGUGCUCUUUUGCAAUCUGUCCUGGCUGUGCCUCGGACCAUGAUGUCGUUCAUGCAGGGUCUUUUACCACUUCAGAACCUGGGUCCUUGCAGUCGGUGUUUGGAGCUUGCGGUUGGGAGCAAAGAAGUUUCUCUAGCACUUUUUCAUAACU